AUGUUUACAUUGACACAUAGGUGUGCACCAGAAAGUCUUCGGCGUCAAGAAUUUUCAUCGUCAAGUGAUGUUUGGAUGUUUGCUGUGACUGUUUGGGAAAUAUUCACUUUAGGUAUUGAAGAUCCUUGGUUUGGUCUUUCUGUGCCGGAGAUUUUAAAAGCGUUGGAAGAACUUGGUGAACGUCUUCGAUGUCCUGAACUUUGUCCUCCAUCAACUUACUCUCUCCUAUUAUUAUGUUGGUCAUUAAGUCCAAAUGAUCGACCAAAAUUUAGUAAGAUAAAUUUUCGUUUAAAUCAAAGCCGUCCCAUACAAUAUCGAGUUACACGCGAUAAUAAACAAAUAAAUCAACUAACUUUACUACGUGGUGAUACUGUUAGUGUUUUUGAUUCCUAUGUUGAUAAACCAAUAUGGAAAGGUCAAAAUCAUCGAACACAAAAAGUAGGUUUAUUCCCAAGAAUUUGUCUUUCAUCAACAACAACAAAUACAAAUGAAAAAAUAAGUUGGCCAGUGAGUGGAAGUUUCAUUCAUACCGGUCAUAGUGAUGGAACGGGACAAGGACCUUCAUGGGGAAAAAUCGAUAAAAUUGACGAAACUAUUCUAAGUAAUCCUAUAAUUACACCGAUUAAUAGGAAUGCAAGACAUGAUAAUGUACAAAUUGUAUCAAAUGUUCUUCAAUUGAAUGGAUACAUGAAAGAUAAACCAAUAAUAACUCGAGCGCCUCCACCGAUUCCAAAAAGUCUACCAAUAAUAGCAGGCGAUUUACCUCUAAUCGACUUGAGUGAUUCACGUCCAGGAAAAACUUCCGAUAAAAGUAAUCAAAAUAAUUCUUCCGCGCGAUCAAUCACAAAUCAUCAAUCGCCAAUAAUUGACAGUUCUAAUUCAUGUUCAUCAUCAUAUAGUCGACAAAGAUUUUCAAAUAAUUUAACUGAUUCGCAAAAAUUUGUUGAAAAAGUAGUGGCAGGUGUUACGGAACAGUUAAAAAAUGAUUUUCCAAAGUUGAAUUCAACGAAAACAGAAUUUACUCCGCCAGUUGUUCGAAGAUUUACUAUACCUUAUCCACCACCAAAUCAAUCUUCAUAUUACAAUGUUCAACGGCAAGCAUAA